GUGAGGGCGGGCAGCCAAUGGCAAACUGGGAAAGGCUGAAAAAAUAAUUACCUGCCCUGAUUGUUCUAUGAGAAGAUAAAAAGUACACAUACAGUUCAUACAAUAAUCUUAUGAAUGUAAAAGAGGGGGAACCAUGUCGGCUUCUGGCCCCAUAAGCAACUACUAUGUAGACUCCUUGAUAAGCCAUGAAAACGAAGAGCUCUUGGCCUCCAGGUUCCCCACCACUGCCUCCCACCCGGCUGCUGCCAGACCUUCAGGAUUAGUCCCGGACUGUGCCGACUUUCCUUCCUGCAGUUUCGCCCCCAAGCCGGCCGUUUUUACAACCUCCUGGGCUCCCGUGCACUCCCAGUCGUCCGUGGGCUACCACCCGUACGCCCCCCAGGCGCCCGUGGGGGCCGAGCCCAGGUACAUGCGGACUUGGCUGGAGCCCCUCGCCGGGGCCGUCUCCUUCCCGGCCUUCGCACCCGGCGGCCGCCCCUACGGCCUCAAACCCGACGCCUUCCCCGGGCGGAGGGCAGAAUGCGGCCCCGCGGACGGCCGCGGCUACCCGGACUACAUGUACGCGGCUCCCGGGGAGCUGAGAGACAGAGCAGCGCAGACAAUUCCUUCCCCGGAGUCCGAAGCCAUCGCUUCCAGCAAACACAAAGAAGAAAAGCACGAAUUAGACCCUAACAAUCCCGUCGCAAAUUGGAUUCAUGCGCGCUCCACGAGGAAGAAAAGAUGUCCUUACACAAAGUAUCAGACCCUGGAACUGGAAAAAGAGUUUUUAUUCAAUAUGUACCUUACACGGGACCGGAGGUACGAAGUAGCCAGAGUCCUUAAUCUCACUGAACGCCAAGUCAAAAUCUGGUUUCAGAACAGGCGAAUGAAAAUGAAGAAAAUGAAUAAAGAAAAAACCGAUAAAGAACAGCAAUAAAGUUGGCAAAGUCCAGUCAAUGAGAAUCGAGGGUGGAAAAAAAAAAAAAAAAAAAAAAAAGAGGCUGUUUUUGGGGGUUGAAAUGUUUCUGACUUUGAAUGUGCGGAUGAAUGUUUAGCAUUAUAGGCAAACACAGCAAGCGUUUUGGGACACGAGUCUUUUCUAAAAUGCAACUAAAUAAAAGAAAGAUGUUGGGGGGGGUUGUUUUCUCUUCCUUUCUUCUUCCUCAUUUUUUUGUUUUGUCCUCCUCAGAAAACAAACACAAGAAGUACUUGAAUUUUUUUUUUUUUAGUAUUUUAUUUCAUAAGUUAAACUGAUCCAGUAUUUUUAUUUUUUAAUUCCGUGAGCUCGUGAGUGAAUAUUUUGUACAAAAGAGAGGAAACAGAGAAAAGAGACUGAAGGGAAUAUGGCUCAAUGAUGUUCUGUCAUGGUGUUGAACGUUUCUGCUGUACUUAUUUGUGUAUUUUAUUCUCGUCUCAGAACCGUUCUGUAAUAUUGUUAUGUUCGCUAUUGUAGAGCAGCUCUAUGUAAAUAUACCUAACGUCACGGAGAAAAAAAAAAAAAAAAAGAAAAAAAAUCUCAUCAUGGAGGUGUCUUUAUUCAGAGCCCUCUGCAGAGGAGCA